GUGGGAGCUUCUCGCUUCGAGAUGCCCUUUGAUGCCCCCGACGACGUGCGAGUCGUCAAAAGCGCCUCCAACUCCGCUGCUGUCUCUCCUACCUCGCCUGGCUUCCCUGCUGUUCGCUUCAGCAACUUCAGCAAGCCCUCACGGCACACCAUGACCGACUCGGUCUUCUCCCAGCGCACUACCGAGACUGAGGCCACAUCAGCACCCUCUAUGGCAUCGAGUGAUGAUCCGCGAGAGUCGAAGGAUGACCACAUCCACGUCGUCUCUCCUGACGAUUGGUUUGCACGAUUCCGCUCGGAUGAUGAUCUCGGAGGACUGGUCUCUGACGACUGUCCUGAUCGUGCGACCCUCGCAGCGGUGCAAGACAUCCCCAUCUACGAUGCCGAGGGGAAAGCCAUCCCAUUCGGCUCCCUUCACAAUCCAGCCACAGCGACCCAUCAGCGACAGCUCGUCAUCUUUAUCCGCCACUUCUACUGCGGUGCAUGUCAAGCAUACUUGCAAGCUCUCACCCACAGCAUCACCAUGCGUGACUACUUCUCCAUUCCCAUCCCGACAUCCAUCAUCGUGAUUGGAUGUGGAAAGCCGGAUCUGAUUCCCCACUACAAAACCUUCACAAAUUGUCCUUUUCCCAUGUACGCCGAACCGACGAGAGAACUGUUCAAGAAGCUCGGCAUGACUCCAUCCUUGAAUAUUGGAACGCAACGACCUGAGUAUAUGAGUGACAUUAGCACUGCUUCCUGGGCAGUGGGCCAAUUCAAGACAGUGAAUGACAGUUUGAAGGAUCCUGAUGGAAUCAGAAAGCGAGACAUCAUUCGCGGUGGCAACCCUUUCCAGAUUGGUGGCGAAUUCCUCUUCGAUGAUGGGGCGGUCAUCUGGUGCCAUCGUAUGAAGAAUUACCGAAAUCAUGCCGAGAUCAAGGUGCUGAGGAGGUUGCUGGAGCUUGAUGAGUGACAAUCAACUCCUCCCCCGAAAGCAGCCGAGAUUCACGACUCGGCCGGGGGAGGGGAUGAUGACGAUUAUAGCAGAGUCGCUUCCGUGAUUUCUGGCUAUGGCAGUAUGACGAGUUUGCAAGAUGAUGAUGCCAGGUCAGGACGGACCUUGACACCGAGACCAGCGAGCAGACCUGGUUGACACAUCAGCAAUAACAUGUCGCCGCUGCACCCUACCGCCUCUGCUGCAGCAGCAGGCUGUGUGAGGGCACCGCCGAACGCAUGUGUACAUCGCUGACGUCUCCGGCGCCGGGCCAGGCUCGCCAAAUUUCUAAGGGCCCAUCGAGACGAACGUGAGGAACGACAGAUGACGUGUCACAUGACAAUCGGAUUGCAGUCGCACUGAUGAAGUGAAAUUGAUAACUUGUCAACACGAUCGAAACGUUGUCAUACUUUGAACGCGAGACGACACGACAUCAAGGUGGAAGAAGUUGUCCACCAACGCCGAGGUUACACGAUUGGAAACAGAAAUGGAUCAACUCGGCCCAGGCACCGCCAAGCAACGCAGAAGACUGGACGCUUCUGUGAGAAGGGGGCAAUGCACAAGACACACAGCAUGCAAGACACGUUCUUCAGGAGGAAGACGAAUGAUGUCCAUGAGUAUCCUGGAAGGAUGAAACGCCAACACACUUGACAACAGGAAAUCCAGGAGAAAGCAAUACCCACAGGCUGGGAAUCCAAACAGCAUCAACAUCAACAUCGAAGAUUGUUGAUAACAAGAAGAACGAAACGCAGCGGUCUGCAUCGCUACCAUCUAUCUAUUCAUAGCUGCUUAUACAAAGUACAUGUCGUACAACAUGUAUGUACAUAAUGUUUUUAAAUAAACUUCUUCUCG